AUGGCGUCUACCGUUGUGGCUGCCGGCGUCGAUAGAAACGCUGCGAUGGCUUCAGAUGCGCCGCUUGCCCCGGUUACUUUGGAGCGCCCUGUGCGCACCGACUUGGAAACAACAAUUCCAAAGCCUUAUAUGGCAAGAGGAUUGGUUGCACCAGACAGUGAUCACCCGAACGGGACACCCGGCCACCCACACCACAACCUCAGUGUCCUCCAACAACACUGUGCCUUCUUUGACCAAGACGACAACGGGAUCAUCUACCCGUGGGAGACCUAUGCCGGCUUUCGCCAGAUCGGCUUCAACAUGAUUGCGUCACUCAUAAUGGCGGUCGUCAUUAAUAUGGGGUUGAGUUAUCCGACACUCCCUGGUUGGAUUCCGUCACCUUUCUUUCCAAUAUAUCUGUACAAUGUGCACAAGUCGAAGCACGGGAGCGACUCUGGGACCUACGAUAAGGAAGGGAGGUAUUCCCCUGUUAAUUUCGAGAACAUAUUCAGCAAACACGCACGGACCUUCCCUGACAAGCUCACCUUGGGAGAGCUGUGGAGCAUGACUGAGGCCAACCGAGAAGCUUUUGAUGUUUUUGGCUGGAUAGCGAACAAGAUGGAGUGGUUGGUGCUGUACAUACUGGCAAGGGACCAAGAUGGCUACCUCUCCAAAGAGGCCAUCAGGCGUUGUUUUGAUGGCAGCCUGUUCGAAUACUGUGCCAAAAUGCACAGAGGAGCUGAGGAGAAGAUGAAGUAA